AAGAUAUACAUGUUAGACCCUUAGAAAUAUCUCAACAAGAAAUCUUUGAUCAAUUUAUUGAAGAUAAUAAGGAUAUUUGUGCACUUAGUCAAACAAAAAUUGGUCAUACCACACUUUUUCAACAUCAAAUACCAACUGGAGAUCAUGAACCAAUUACAAAAAAUGAUAAAUCUUACAGAGAAGCAUUUAUAGCUACAAUUAAUGGAGAAGCAAGUUUUUUAGAAUAUUCUGAAGAUAGUAUUGAUUAA